UUUUUCUAAUAAAGAACGGUUGGGGAAGCACGAGCGCCGUGGUCAGGAUCGACAAACCAGUGCCCCGAAUUGCCAACUAACUUUAAUCUUUGCCUGAUGCGCCGCGGGUCCAUCAUCUGCAUCGUCGUUACCGAUCGCCCAUAGAUUGAUUCCCAAGAAUAUCUGGGAGGCGCAUUUCUCACCGGGCCUGUCACAACUGCCUAGAUCGAGAGAGGCCCCAUCUGUCGGAUUUCUUCCUUACUUACACACUAGCUGUCCGUCAUUCGUUUGUCAACUUCAUCAGCAUUCUGAUCCUCACUCUCCGUCCUCCUUUUGUUCUCCGACACUGCGCAACAGGCACCCAUAUUCAGCCCUGCGCAACCAAGCAUUGCUUUUCCCACCUCCUCACCGACGCUUCGGCACAGCGCAGUGCCCUUCACAUCAUGGCUAUAGGGCCAUUGCGAUAUCUUCUGUUCGCCAUCACGGGGUUGGCCGUCUUCUUUUUCAUCUCUAGGAGCGCUAUCCCAAUCCCCGAGAACAUCGGCACCAAGUUGAACCCCGCGACCUACAAAGACACCUUUUCCUCCUCUCACUCCUCGCAAAAUGAUGCGCUGUCAUCAAGUGGACCGAUCAAAGACAUCCCGACGGAUCGCGUGAACGCCACCUUUGUGACCCUCGCUCGCAACACAGAUCUUUGGGAGAUGGUCAAGUCCAUCCGGACGGUGGAAGACCGCUUUAACCACAACUAUCACUACGAUUGGGUGUUCUUGAACGAUAAGCCCUUCGAUGACGAGUUCAAGAAGGUCACGUCAGCCUUGAUCUCCGGCAAUACGUUCUAUGGCGUGAUUCCGAAGGAGCAUUGGUCAUAUCCCGAGUGGAUCGACCAGGAUAAGGCGAAGAAGGUCCGACAGGAAAUGGGAGAGAAGAAGAUCAUCUACGGCGACUCGGAGAGCUACCGUCACAUGUGCCGUUAUGAAUCCGGAUUCUUCUUCCGGCACCCGCUGAUGCUAAACUAUGAGUACUACUGGCGUGUGGAGCCCAGCAUUGAGCUCUUCUGUGAUGUCAGCUUUGACCCAUUCCGCUACGUGAAAGAGAACGACAAGAAGUACAGCUUCGUGCUGAGUCUGUACGAGUACUACGACACCAUCCCGAGCCUGUGGGGUACGGUGCAAAAGUUCAUGGAGGAGCACCCGGAGCAUAUCGCGGACGGCAACUCCAUGAGUUUCUUGAGUGACGAUGGCGGCAAGACUUACAACAAGUGUCACUUCUGGUCCAACUUUGAGAUUGGAAGUCUGGAAUGGCUGCGGUCCAAGGAGUACAUUGACUACUUUGAGACGCUCGACCACGCUGGUGGCUUCUUCUACGAGCGUUGGGGCGACGCUCCGGUGCACUCUAUCGCCGCGGGACUUCUCUUGAAGAAGGAGCAGAUCCACUUCUUCAACGAAAUUGGCUACUACCAUGUCCCCUUCACCCACUGCCCGACUGGCGAGCAGCUAAGGCUGGACUUGAAGUGCCACUGCAACCCCAAGGACAACUUUGACUGGAAGGGAUACUCUUGCACGUCCCGGUUCUUCCAAACCAACGACAUGGACAAGCCCAAGGGCUACGAGAAUGAGAGCUAAGGGGCUCAUGACUGAUUAUAUCACUCAAAAAGUAAAUGCAAAUUCUGUCGUUGCGCAGCGCAAGGUUGGCCCUGCAUGUGAUCAGCAAAGUCGGACAUCUCUUCACCAAGCACGGUGGAGUGGCAUUGUCCAGGCAUAAAACGUCCACUAACGGGACACUUCCCAGCUCAUUACUGAACCAUUUCCAAUCAUCCUGCUGAAUGCUGGGCGCAGGUUCACAACAUUUGAAAAAAAUAUUAUUCAUUUCUUGAUUUCCGGACGAGGGUGUCAUGUGUUUAUAAGAUUGUCGGGACCUUCACUUCACAAGCGCGCAUCAUUCUUUCUCUAUAUUCCGGGUAUAGGGGUUGCAAGGUACAGAGAUCGAUUGCAGGAUGUACUGGAUGGAGUCGGGAAGAAAUGGGAAAGGAAAAUAACUGCUCUCUAGCCAGGCAAGCCUCAUAAAUGUACAUAGCCGUGUUCUAAUGAUAAC